GGCCACUGUUUCUAUCACUGAAGCAGUACCACAGCCACCACCGCAGCGAGCGACGCUGCCUGUCACCGGUAGCCCGGGCGGCCUCCCUUCCUAGCAAGAUGGCGGAGAGCAGCGGGAGCCUGGAGACUGUGACCGAGCACGAAAGGAUCCUGCAGGAGAUAGAGAGCACUGACACGGCGUGCUUGGGGCCCACGCUGCGCUCUGUGUAUGAUGACCAGCCAAAUGCACACCAAAGAUUCAUGGAAAAGCUGGAUGCGCGGAUUCGCAAUCAUGACCGAGAAAUUGAGAAAAUGUGCAAUUUCCAUCACCAGGGAUUUGUAGAAGCAAUUAAUGAGCUACUUAAAGUAAGGGCUGAUGCCGAGAAACUGAAGGUCCAAGUUACUGAUACGAACCGAAGGCUUCAGGAUGCUGGGAAGGAGGUCAUCGCUAAAACAGAGGAAAGCAUCCGAUGUAGAAUCCAGCAACGAAACAUUGCGACUGUAAUAGAUAAACUCCAGUUGUGCCUUCCAGCGCUGGAAAUGUACAGCAAACUAAAGGAACAAAUCAGUGGAAAGAGGUAUUAUUCUGCCCUAAAAACAAUGGAACAGUUAGAAAACAUUUAUCUUCCUAAAGUGUCUCAAUACCGUUUUUGCCAAAUAAUGGGCGAAAAUCUUCCAAAGCUUCGGGAGGAAAUAAAGGAGAUUUCCAUGUCAGGUCUGAAGGACUUUUUGGAGAGCAUCAGGAAGCAUUCGGACAAAAUUGGGGAAACGGCAAUGAGGCAGGCUCAACAGCAAAAGACCUUCCAGGUUGCCUUGCACAAAAAAACCAAUGUGAGUUUAAAAAAAACCAAGUAUAUUCUUAAUGGACAUAUAUCUGAAGACAAAAAUGGAGUCAAAUCAAAAUAUGAUGCAGCCGAUGAAGACACAGAAGAAGAGGUUUUAAACGUUCAAGAUUUGGUAGAUUUCUCACCUGUUUAUAGAUGUCUACAUAUAUACUCAAUCUUGGGUGAUAAAGAAGUAUUUGAAAACUACUACAGAAAGCAGAGAAGAAAACAAGCGAGAUUAGUCCUGCAGCCCCAGUCCACCAUGCAUGAAACUGUUGAAGGUUACAGAAAAUAUUUCAGUCAGAUUGCAGGAUUUUUUGUUGUGGAAGAUCAUAUUUUACAUGUAACACAAGGGCUCGUCACUGGCUCUUACACCACCGAACUAUGGAAUAUGGCGCAGUCGAAGAUCAUAGCUGUCCUUCGAACGCACUCGUCGUAUUGCACUGACCCCGAUCUUGUCCUGGAGCUUAAGAACCUGAUUGUUGUGUUUGCUGAUACUAUGCAGGGCUUUGGUUUUCCUGUUACUCGGCUCUUUGAUCUGCUGUUUGAAGUAAGAGAUAGAUACAAUGAAACGCUGCUUAAAAAAUGGGCAGGUAUAUUCAGGACCAUUUUUGAAGCUGAUAACUACAGUCCUAUUCCAAUAGCCAAUGAGGAGGAAUACAGAAUUGUUAUUAGCAAGUUUCCUUUCCAGGACGCAGAGACUGAUAAGAAGCCAUUUCCAAAGAAACUCCCGGUAUCUCAGUCAGUUCCUCAGAUUUACUCACAGGUGAAGGAGUUUAUCUACGCAAGCCUUAAAUUCUCCGAGUCGCUCCACAGAAGCUCCACGGAAAUCGAUGACAUGCUUCGAAAAUCCACCAAUUUGCUUCUCACCAGAACACUGAGCAGCAGUUUGCAGAAUGUCAUCAAAAAGCCUCACAUAGGUUUAACUGAGCUAGUUCAGAUCAUCAUCAACACCACACACCUGGAGCAAGCCUGUAAAUACCUGGAGGACUUUAUAACAAAUAUUACAAAUAUUUCACCUGAAACAGUGCACACGACAAGGCUUUAUGGACUUUCUACAUUUAAGGAUGCAAGACAUUCAGCUGAAGAGGAAAUAUACACAAAACUCAACCAAAAAAUAGAUGAAUUCAUUCAGUUAGCCGACUAUGACUGGACCAUGUCUGAACCAGAUGGAAGAGCCAGUGGCUACUUAAUGGAUCUGAUCAAUUUUUUAAGAAGCACAUUUCAGGUUUUUACUAAUUUGCCUAAUAACAGCAAUGAUCACGCAGCUAUGUCGGGAAAGGUGGCGCAGACAGCUUGCAUGUCAGCUUGCAAACAUCUAUCCACGUCUCUAACACAGAUGCUGCUGGACAGUGAUCUGAAACAGAUAAGCAUGGGAGCCAUCCAGCAAUUUAACUUAGAUGUCAUACAGUGUGAAUUGUUUGCAAGUUCGGAUCCUGUUCCUGGGUUUCAGGAGGAUACCCUGCAGUUAGCGUUCAUUGACCUUCGCCAGCUUCUGGACCUUUUUAUGGUGUGGGACUGGUCAGCUUACUUAGCUGAUUAUGGGCAGCCGUACUCCAAAUACCUGAGAGUGAAUCCAAGUACAGCCCUGAUACUGCUGGAGAAGAUGAAAGACAGCAGCAAGAAGAACAACAUCUUUUCUCAGUUCAGAAAAAAUGACAGAGACAAACAGAAGCUAAUAGAGACUGUUGUGAAGCAACUCAGGAGUCUGGUGAACGGGAUGUCUCAGCACUCGUAACAUUCACCUCUGCAGCAUAUCAUCCAGAUCUGCCCUUAUAUCAAGGGAUACCCACCAUUUGCAUCACUGCCCCCAUGUCUGUCAGGGGAUACCCAUAAUGUGCACCACUAUCCCUAUACCAGUCAGGAGAUUCGUGUAAUGUGCACCACUGCCCUCAUUAUAUUCACGGAAUACCCAUAUAGUAAACCGCCGCCAAUACACUAGUCAGGGGAUACUAAUAAUGUGCACCAUCGCACCACUGUCACUAUACCAGUCAGGGGAUACCCAUAAUGUGCACAAUUGCCCCUACACCAGUCAGGGGAUACCCAUAAUGUGCAUUAUACACCACCUCCCCCAUACCAAUUAGGGGAUAUCAAUAAUGUGCAUUGUUGCCCUUAGAGCACUCAAGGGACACCCAUGAUGUGCAGCAUUGACCCCAUACUGAUCAGAUGAUACCCUUAAUGUGCACCACUGCUCCUAUACCUGUCAGGGGAUACGCAUAAUGUGCACCGCUACCCUCAUAUCAAUCAAAGGAUACCCAUAACAUACCCCACUGACCCUGCACAGGGAAUACUGAUAAUAUACACCACUGCCCCCAUACCAGCCAAGGGAUACCCAUAACAUACCCCACUGACCCUGCACAAUCAGGGAAUACCGAUAUUAUGCACCACUCCCCCAUACCAGCCAAGGGAUACCCAUAACGUACCCCACUGACCCUGCACAAUCAGGGAAUACCGAUAAUAUGCACCACUGCCCCCAUACCAGCCAGGGUAAACCCAUAGCGUGCACCACUGCCCUUAUACAAUUCAGUUGUUACCCAUAAUGCAUAACACUGUCUGCAUACCAGUCAGGGGAUACCCAUAAUGUGCACCGUUGCUCUUAUACUGGUCAGGGGAUACCGAUAAUGUGCACCGUUGCCCCUAUACUGGUCAGGGGAUACCCAUAAUGUGCACCGUUGCCCUUAUACUGGUCAGGGGAUACCCAUAAUGUGCACCGUUGCACAAAUACCAUUUGUGGGAUACCCAUAUCGUGCCCACUGCCUAUAGCAGUCAGGCAAUAAGCAUGAUGUCCACCGCUGUUCUCAUACUCAUAGUGGCCACAAUGCCCAGCACUGCUCCUUGUAGGAGUAAGAGGAUUCCCAUUAUACACAUAAUAAUGUGCAUUGUGCACUGCAAUCAUAACUGCUAUAGAAACUUUUAAUUCAUUUUCCUGUUCCUGUGGCUCAGAAUGAGGGACAUGAAUGAUCUUUUGUUUAUGCGAGGGGUCCCCCUUUACUUUUUCUCCAGAAGAAGGCACAGGACUGUGCUAGAACUGUAAGAAAAAUCACAGUAAUUUGCCCUGUUUUUAUUUGAUAUACAGCAGAUAAGACUUUUUGCAAAAAAAAAAAAAAGAAAAAGGGCCAACGUGCACAGCAAAUACAGGAUUGUAAAUAUUUUAUUUAAUUGCUUCUAACAUUGCUGCUAAGAGCCUGCCAGCGUGAUGCCAGCGUGGUAUUUUAACAAGGACGAUCGUUUUUUAUACCUUGAGAUUCGGAGUGGCCGCUGAGACUGAGAAAGCAGCCUCCUCGCUGUCACUGUCCCCAGCCGCCUUUUCUAAUGACAUGACUUUAGGUUCUCAGGGCUGUGAUUUUUAAUCUAUACUUUGUAAGUAUUUCCUUUACAAUGCGACUAUAUCCUAAGAUAGGGAAUAAAGAAUAUUGGCAACAAAA